UUUAAUCGCGGCAGCAUCCCAAAUUUGCUCCGGGAAAACGGGAGCAGUUUGUCGGGUUUGUGCUUUUAAAGUGCUUCUCGUGUACACUGACCAAGCAGUCACCUUAUGGAUAUAUACAGUGCUGAUGGAAUUAUGGUGGGUGCGUUGGUUGAGUGGGGGUGUAACCGGAAGUGAAGGGCUCUGUUGAUAAGAGCUUUAGGAAAAAGAAUAGGUUUCAUAGAAAGCAGUGAUUACGAGUUGUGAGAAAUUUGCUCAAUUUGUUUUAAUUAGCGCAAUUUAAAAAAAAAAGUAUUAAAAAAGAUGGGUAGCUUCAAAGUUUGCGUAUCUUGGAAUGAGCUGUUCUUUACUUCGCAAAGUUGUACAUAACCAAUCUAUUUGCUCUAAACGUGCCCCAAGAAGUGUUAUGUUCGGCGUGAAACGUAUUCGUUAAAGUAAGUGGAAAUCUUUGUUUAGUUACAAAUAUUGGAUCUACCGUGGAAUCAUGAAUGUUUCGAAUACCCAGUGGGAAAGUCAGUUUCUAUCCGGCUUUAACCUAACCAGAAGUGUGCUAAACCCUAUGGAACGGCGGUCAAUGGCACAAUCAGCGGCUGUUCCUCUGACGGGCGGAUCCCUGGUCACUGGUGAAACAUUUCACCGUACGUUGGCUGCUGUGGCGGUAAAUGGUAGCGGUAACGUAGGAUUGGAAGUAAACAACAGCAGUGAGCCGGUCAUUGCGCCACCAGGCUACACCGACUCCACCUUGGCCGUGAUAAUCGUGUACUGCGUGCUGUUCAUAAUUGCGGCCGGGGGCAAUCUGUCGGUGGUAAUUACGUUAUUUCGGUCCCGGCGGCACCGGCGGUCCCGUGUUAGCCUCAUGAUUUGCCACCUGGCCGUUGCGGAUCUGAUGGUGGCAUUCAUCAUGAUACCCCUGGAGGUCGGCUGGCGCAUCACGGUCCAGUGGCACGCCGGUAAUGUGGCCUGCAAGGUGUUCCUGUUUAUGCGCGCCUUCUGUCUCUACCUUAGCUCGAAUGUGCUGGUGUGUGUCUCGCUGGACCGCUGUUUUGCUGUGAUAUAUCCGCUACGGGUUUCCGCCGCACGGAAACGAGGCAAGAUUAUGCUGGGUGGAGCGUGGAUUAUCGCCUUCGUGAACGCGAUUCCGCAGAGUAUUAUAUUCCGAGUUCAACAGCAUCCGCAGGUGCCCGGUUUCACGCAGUGUGUGACGUUCGGAUUCUUCCACACCCCCGGAAUGGAAACUGCGUAUAAUCUGUUCUGCGUGAUAGCGAUGUACUUCAUGCCGCUGAUGAUAAUCAGUGCUGCCUACACGGUUAUCCUCUGUGAAAUAUCGAACCGAUCACGGGAAAAAGAAACAAGUGACACCAGCCACCAGCCGGGGAUGCGACUGCGCUGCAACGAUCUGACCCACAUCGAACGGGCCCGGCAGAGAACGCUCCGGCUCACCAUCACCAUCGUGGUCGUCUUCGUCUGGUGCUGGACGCCGUACGUGGUCAUGACACUGUGGUACAUGUUUGACCGCGAGAGUGCCCUCAAGGUGGACGGUGCCAUCCAGGAUGGAUUGUUUCUGAUGGCUGUUUCGAACUCAUGCAUGAAUCCGCUGGUCUAUGGUUCCUAUGCGAUGAAAUGUCGGUGGCCGUGCCAGAGGCGAAACACACCGAACGGUCUGCAGACGCCGAAUGCGGCCCAGCGGAGAUCCACAGAUGCUGUGUCCGGUAUUGCAGGCCCCCACUCGGACCGGCUGACCGGACGGGACAACAAGGACGAUUUGCUGUACGAGCGAGAACGAAGCAUUAAACUGAACCAGCUCAGCCUCAACGAUGGGAUGCUGGUUGGUCAGGGCAACCUCGUCGGGACCGGCGGAGGGGUUGGAGCAUGUGCAGCGUUGGGCGGCGUCGGUCUACAGACGACUGCAACCACGCGUUUCAUUGGAUACUGCUCAUCUGCGACCGGUCGGAACGAGCAAACAAUCCGGAGUGCGCACAUGGGCACGAUAACGUCAUCCGUGUCCUGUAGUCGAGGGAAACGUUAUCAACCGAGUUACAGCGACGUGGCGGCACUGGCUGACGAGCGGUCGCUAAUUCUGUCGCGGCCAUCGUUCUACUCGGAUCCAACUCCGAACGCGCUGGAUUUUUCGGUGGAUUGCAAUCUAACCCGCAGCCUGGACACCGGUGGCUGGCGAUGAUAGAUCAAGAAAUAGGACUACGAGAAAUCGUCGACAGUGUGCUGGUGUGGCUACCGGUUGUCGACGUUGCCGGGUAACGCAGCCAUCAGUAUCAUCGCCUGUCCACUGCAGUAGGCGAGUUUUGUAAAUGUAGUUAGAUAAAGACGAUUAAUUGGUGAUGGUUGGAGGGUAAAUGUUUGAUGCGAAAAAAAUUGUAAAUCUCGGUGCAUAAUUGUGUAACAAUCGUACAAAUAUGUGAUGGUCAAAAUCAGUGCUCACAGGAACGGACUGAGGUAAAUCGAAUGCGGGUUGUAAAGGAUAAAGGGUAGGGAUAGAGAAAUGUCUACGUUUGGAUGACAUUUAGCCAGCAGAACUCGAGUGAGCCGUUUUGUAUUAGAUGAACAAAAAUGAAUAUAAUUCAACUUUAACAUUUAUAUUAUA